UACAAGACUGGCGACAUUUCAGAUCUCAUAAUGUGUAUUGUAACAGAAGAAAACUAAUAUCUCAUUCGUUUCAAUGAACGAGAUCACGCAUCGAAACUACAGUAGAGAAGCGACAGAUUACGCUGUUUUGGAGUCUAGCAGUGCAACUUUGUAUCUUUUUCAAGAGGAGAGGAAAUAUCGGUCUCGAGAGCAUCGUGGUUCUCACUGGACCGGAGUGUCAUGCUCUUAGUCAGUCAGAGGAUCCAAUGAAAAUGUCCGUCUGCACGCAUGAGAACCGCAAAUCCUGCCUCAGCUCGGCGUCCAUGAACAUCUUCCUGUUUCACAAGUCAUCGUACGCGGACAGCGUCCUUACGCACCUCAACGCGCUCCGGCAGCAGCAGCUCUUCACCGAUGUCCUCCUCCACGCUGGGAGACGCUCCUUCCCCUGCCACCGUGCUGUGCUGGCUGCAUGCAGUCGCUACUUCCAGGCCAUGUUCAGUGGAGGUCUCCGGGAGAGCCAGGCCAGCGAGGUGGACUUCAGGGACUCCAUCCACCCAGAGGUGCUGGAGCUCUUACUAGACUAUGCCUACACCUCCCGGGUGGUGAUCAACGAGGAGAAUGCAGAGUCCCUCCUGGAGGCAGGAGACAUGCUGGAGUUCCAGGACAUCCGGGACGCCUGCGCUGAGUUUCUGGAGCGGAACUUGGCAACGUCCAAUUGCCUGGGCAUGCUUCUGCUGUCCGAUGCCCACCAGUGCACCAAGCUGUCCGAGCUCUCCUGGGGCAUGUGCCUCAGUAACUUCUCCACCAUCUGCAAGACGGAGGACUUCCUCCAGCUGCCCAAGGACAUGGCGGUGACGCUGCUGUCCCAUGAAGAGUUAGAGACGGAGGACGAGAGGCUGGUCUACGAGGCCGCCCUCAACUGGGUCAACUAUGACCUGGAGAGGAGGCACUGCCACCUCCCCGAGCUGCUGAGGACGGUCCGCCUGGCCCUGCUCCCCACCAUCUUCCUCAUGGAGAAUGUGUCCACAGAGGAGCUAAUCAAUGCCCAGACAAAGAGCAAGGAGCUGGUGGACGAGGCCAUACGCUAUAAACUCAGGAUCCUCCAGAACGAUGGUGUGGUCAACAGCCCCCUGGCCAGGCCCAGGAAGACCAGCCACGCCCUGUUCCUCUUGGGAGGACAGACCUUCAUGUGUGACAAGCUGUACCUGGUAGACCAGAAGGCCAAGGAGAUCAUCCCCAAGGCCGACAUCCCCAGCCCCAGGAAGGAGUUCAGCGCUUGCGCCAUCAGCUGUAAGGUCUAUGUUACCGGCGGGAGGGGCUCAGAGAACGGUGUGUCCAAAGACGUGUGGGUCUACGAUACGUCCCGCGAGGAGUGGUCCAAGGCGGCGCCUAUGAUCAUCGCCCGCUUCGGCCACGGAUCGGCCGAGCUCAAAAACUGCCUCUACGUGGUUGGAGGACACACGGCGGGUACAGGCUGUCUCCCCGCCUCACCCUCUGGGUCACUCAAACAGGUCGAGAAGUACGACCCGGUUGCCAACAAGUGGUGCAUGGUGGCGCCGCUGAGGGAAGGCGUGAGCAACGCGGCGGUGGUCAGUGUCAAACUCAAACUCUUCGCCUUCGGAGGAACCAGCGUCACCCAUGACAAAUUACCCAAGGUGCAGCUCUACGACCCACAGGAGAAUAGGUGGUCUGUCCCCGCCUCCUGCCCACAGCCCUGGCGCUACACGGCCGCCGCCGUCCUCAACAACCAGAUCUUUGUGAUGGGUGGCGACACAGAGUUCUCGGCAUGCUCUGCCUAUAAGUUCAACAGCGACAGUUACCAAUGGACUAAAGUAGCAGAUGUGACAGCCAAGAGGAUGAGCUGCCAGGCGGUGGCGUCAGGUAACAAACUGUAUGUGGUGGGAGGCUACUUUGGCACUCAGCGGUGUAAGACUCUGGACUGUUACGAUCCAACACUGGACGCGUGGAACAGCAUCACUACCGUACCCUACUCACUCAUCCCCACAGCAUUCGUCUCCACCUGGAAACACCUCCCAGACUGAGGACUGGACUCCGACUCAACGUCGAGCAUCGGCCUCACGGCUUCAUCGCUAUACUGGAUUAUCUAUUCGAUUAAAGACUGUGAAGGUGCAAGAUAUUCAACGUGAGGAUGGCAAGAAGGAUUUACCGUUUAACAUGAAGGACUGCAGGCAGGUGGACUAUCUUAUUGGAGUAAAGAAACCUGUGGUGUUUACAUGAAGGAUGAACAUAACCUCUACUUUAUAUUCCUUCAUUUGUAUAUCCUUAUUUGACUUUAAAGACUAUUCAAUAACUCAAUCAUGACUAUUCAAUAACUCAAUCAUUCCUAAUAUGUUGUGGGCCUAGUGUAUUUGGAGUAUUCAAGCCACUACGACAGUGUUUACACAGGCAGCCUAAUUCUGGUCUUUUGUGCAAUUAUUGUCAAAAGAGCUGAUCUGAUUUGGUCAAAAUACCAAUUAAUGGAAAGAGAAUAAGAAUUGGGCUGACUGUAAAUGCAGCCGAUGUCAUGUGGAUUCUCACAAGUGGGGUAGGUAGACUAGGUGAAAAAUCUGUCGACGUGCCCUUGAGCAAGGCACUCUGGAUAAGGGCGUCUGCUAAAAUGUAAGUGAAUUCCACUUGUUUUUGGGCUUCAAAACAACCCGUCAGGACUCAUGGUUAAAGACAUGCCAAAAAUGCACACGUGUCAGUGGAGAGAUCAGACAUGACUGUGUUGUUACUGACAUGAACUGUGGGAAAGGACCAGUAAAGAGGAGGAAGGUAGAACUAGAGAAGAACCUCACAAUCCCUGGCAGGUCAACGUAGGACAAAUGUACUGGAAAUGUUCUUUAUGGGUCAUGUAUAAGGUAUUUACCUUACGCAGGGACUAAUUGUAAUGUUUGAACUGGACGAUUAUUUAACUUAUUGUUUUUUAUUUUGCUGCUUGUAUUCUGUAACAAAAUUAUUUCACUUUGUUGCCUUUUUUCUACGGUAUUUUUGUGUGUGUUUUUACUGCUUUGAGAUUGAAUAAUUGUUUGCACAUGUCUGCCUCUGAUCUGGGAGUAUCCCCAUUCCUCGUAGACAUGGGGAAGAGUAGCUUCCUUUGCUUUUCAUUUAACUGGAGGCUUGCCAAAUAAAAUGGAGACCCUGAAGAGAUAUUGUAGGUUUAGCUAAGCAACAAAUAGAACCCUAUUCCCUAUAUAGUGCACUACUAUAGACCAGAGCCCUAUUCCCUAUAUAGCGCAC